UUAAGUUCGAUGAAAGAAGUAAAUGAAACCGUGAAGACGAUCAGCAAAGCAUUUGGAAAUGUAAUGUUACGCACAAAUGACUUAUUAUUAUCAGGCAUCCUGGAUAUAGAAUCUUUAGAUGCUUUAAAUUCGCCAAUCAAAGAUGCAUUAAUAAAGAGAAACUUAUGGUCUGACGUUAAAGGAACCCUAAAAAUUAAUCCAUUACCUGAUGGAUUAAAAGAAUUCAUUAAUGAAUAUGUGGAAACCGGUGAUGCUGCAUUACCAGCUUACAAUAAAGAUUUAUAUCGCAGAACUCGAUGUUUAAUAGAUGCAAU